AUGUCAUAUACACACAGUGCACCAGGCGCAGGAGUGCCGCAAUACACCCCCGAAGAGAUCGCCUACUGGGAGUCGCUGGGCUAUGUGAUGGACCCUUCCUAUGCCGCCACACCGACAGUAGCGGCAGCACCUAUCAUUGAUCCCAAUUAUGCUCAAUACCAACAACAGUACCCUGUUGGGCCAGCCGCCGCGCCUUCAAUACCAUCAGUACCAGCAAGGACUCCUUAUACGUCAGGACAUCGUGGUCCUAAUUCUGGCUAUUAUCAGAGCGGCCCAAAAUCAGCGAAUCCGUAUGGAGGGUACAGCAAUGAAUAUGAAGACCUGAACAGAAUCUUUACAGAUCCGAAAAAGGCGCAAGAAGAGGCUGCAGCCGCGGCUGCGAAGGCAGAGGAGGAAGAUAAAGCAGCGAAGGCGAAGGCGGCGGCGACAGUGGUUCGGAAGGCAGCAGGACAGGUCUGGGAAGAUUCAUCUCUGCUGGAAUUUGAUGAAAAUGACUUUCGAUUGUUUGCAGGAGACUUGGGCAACGAAGUGACUGAUGAGCUGCUGACAAAGACCUUUUCCAAGUACCCGACUUUUUUGAAGGCUAAGGUAGUCCGCGACAAGAGAACCCAAAAGACAAAAGGAUACGGCUUCAUAAGUUUCGCCGAGCCUGACGACUUUGCUCGUGCAUGGAAAGAAAUGAAUGGUAAAUACGUUGGAAACCGACCUAUAAAACUGAGAAAGAGCCAGUGGAAAGAUCGCAAUGUUGAAAUUGUUAGAGAACCAAAGCCUGCUCGCGGGCCCUAUGAUCCGGAGGCACUCACGCGAAAAGAGCGCGCCAAGCCGUACAAGGUCAAGAAGCUGAACAACGCUGGAAAGUAG